CACACACACACAUUUAAAGUGGUCAUGAAGCAGGGAGCUGCUUUCCAUCGUUGGGAACUGAUGUCUUGGAUUAUGACGAAAAAGCAACUCCCCCAUAUUUCAACUCUGACCUGAGGAAUUUGCAGAGAAUCAGGGAUCGAGGGCGAGGGGGACAGAAGGAGGCGAAGCAGAAGGAGGCGGUUUAAAGAACGUCAGGCCGAGUGGGAGUUUCUAAUUGAGAGACGGUCUUGGUUUGAGCCCCAGUGAAGCCCAGACGAGUCCGCUCGGAGCAACUAGAAUCUGUGCUUUUUUUUUUUUUUCCCCCGAAGGCAAUGUGAAGUGCUGAAGGAAAAAAAAAAGAGAAGAAAACUACUGCCUUCACAGAGAAUCCAGCUGCACACACACACACACACACACACACACACACACAGAGAAGUCAGAGCAGUGCAACAAGCGACGCACUCAAGUAGGAAGACCAAACGAUAACGUAAAAAAAAGGGAAAUACUGCGAAGCGAAUCAGUCCAGGAGAUCAAAGAGUCAAUCUGCAGGCGGCCGGAGCAAGUGGAAUGGACCCCGGUACCAGUCGGAUUGACCCCAGCGUUCCCACAGUGCUGUCUGAGGAGGAGGGCUGAGGGUCGGCUGCAACGACAAGCAGGUCCUGAAUGAGGAUGAAUGGAGAUGUUCUUUAGCUAACCCGCUAAGACAACACUCUCGCCGAUUCCACCUCAGUGUGAGCUGGGACGACACUCGCUAACAGCUGGAGGAGGCGGCGGCGGCGGCGGUGGAGGAGGAGGAGGAGGAGGAGAGGAGCCAGGGGGCCCAGAGCACCGCUGGUGGCGCUUCCCCGCACGAGAGGCGAGCGAGCGGGCAGGACGCCGGCGAGCAGCGGGGGUCGCCGGGGGAACGCCAGGGCGGGGGAGAGGUGGCGGGCGUCCGGCGCCGCAUGGCCGUGCAGAGGCUGGUGGCGGCGGCGGUGGCGGUGGCCCUGCUGUCACUGGUCCUUAACAAUGUGGCGGCGUUCACCCCCAGUUGGGUCCUGCAGGCCCUGGACGACGGGCGCAAGAGGAGCGUGGGACUGUGGAGGAUGUGUCCCACGGGCGGGGACCGGGGCCGCGACGACCUGCAGGCCGGGAGGAGGGGCCCGGGGCCACAGAGGCAGUGUGAAGGCCUGGGAUGGGGCUCCGACUACGCCGGCUACCAAGAGUCCCGCAGCACGGUCAGACUGCAGUUUGACAUGAUGCGGGCGUGCAACCUGAUGGCCACGGUGGCCUUGACCGCCGGUCAGCUGAUCUUCCUCCUCGGCCUGAUGGAGCUGCCCUUCAUCUCGCAGGAGUCCCAGUGGUGGGAGGAGGCCAUUGCUGCGCUCUUCCAGCUCGCCAGCUUCGUGCUGGUGAUCGGACUGGUGACCUUCUACCGGAUCGGGCCCUACACGCACCUGUCCUACUCCUGCUACCUGGACAUCGCGGCUUGCCUGCUGGCCACGGUGGCCGCGGCCGCGCUCAUCUGGGACAUCCUGCAUCGCCGCGACGACUGCCUCGCGCCGCGGGUCAUCAUCAUCAGCCGCUCGCUGGCGUCGCCUUUCCACCCGCGCCUGGACAACGACUACGUGGAGUCGCCCUGUUGAGACUCACGAGUCCUGGGGUUGUACAUUGUUAUGUUUCACAACUCCCCCCCCCCCCCCACACACACAUAGUGCUGUCGGAACUAUAAUGCUUUUUAGGGCCCAUAAUGUACGUAUGAAUCAACCCUAAGCUACCAAAACGCAUUGUAAAACUGUAUCGUGAUUCACUUUUUAAUGCUUGGGUGAGCUCAUUUGUGGCUAAUUAUGAAAUUUAGACCACAACGUCUUAAAUGAAACGACCUGCUCACCAAAGGAUCAAGCUGGAACUUGAACUGUUUUCUUAUAUGUGCACUUAUCAAAUGGCCUUCUGCAUAAUCAGAAAUAGGAAAUUAUGAGAGAUGUUGAAAAUGUAAUACCAGAAUACCUCAUAUGUGUUUGCAUCCUCAUUACACUUUUAUUACACGUUAGUAUUGGUGAUAUAUGGUGCCGGUAAAUGAGUAAACCAACACGAUAAAUGCAGAAGAGCAUGUGGAACCUUUUGAGUGGGCAGAUCCAAAAUCAGUGCCAAAUAUUUUCUAAAAAAAAUUCAAAAAAAAAUGAGAGAUGAUAUUUUCCUACUCAAAUGAGGGAAUAUUUUUACAAUCUCUGAAUGCAUCUUUAUCUCAUUCACACAUUACGAUUGAAGACCUAAAAACACAAAUUCAUUGCAGAUCAAUGUAUGGAAGUGAUUUGGAUGUUUUGAAAGUGGGAUUUGUUAAAUUAAUGGUAAUAAAAGUGUACUGCAUUUUGAAAUUUCAAAAAAUGCUUUCCUUGCAGAAUUCUGCUCGCUUGUGGUACAUACGGUAUUAUAAAAUGAAUAUAAUGUGUUAGUAUAAAGGAUAACGCUGUAAUUAGUAAUAGUAUUAUUCUUACAAUGUCAUACUAUCAUAGGCUAUCAGUGGGUCACACAGGGGGGAAAAUUGAAAUAAUAUAUCGUAUAAAUUCAAUAAAUCUAUUGGUAACUACUCAAACAGAGAGGUGGUUGUUAUUGUUGUUUUGGUGUCAGACCUGACAAAUGGACAACAUAUUUUAACAAACAAUUCAAUUUAAGUUUAAGUUUGACAUUUAACAGAAUCUGACCACCUGUGAUAUUCUUAACUCAAGGUUAACUUACUUUCUUUCUUUCAGAAUGUUCUCAAGUGUUAUCAGCUUACAUAAGAA